AUGCUCAGACUGUGGAACGAGACUCAAUGUCUUCAAACGCAUGAAAGAAUCCACACAGGGGAGAAACCUUUUGAAUGCUCAGAGUGUGGAAAGAGAUUCAAUUACAGUAGCAGUCUUCAAACGCAUGAAAGAAUCCACACAGGGGAGAAACCUUUUGAAUGCUCAGAGUGUGGAAAGAGAUUCAAUGACAGUAGCAAUCUUCAAAAACAUCAAAGAAUCCACACAGGGGAGAAACCUUUUGAAUGCUCAGAGUGUGGAAAGAGAUUCAAUGUCAGUAGCAGUCUUCAAAAACAUCAAAGAAUCCACACAGGGGAGAAACCUUUUGAAUGCUCAGAGUGUGGAAAGAGAUUCAAUGACAGUAGCAGUCUUCAAACGCAUGAAAGAAUCCACACAGGGGAGAAACCUUUUGAAUGCUCAGAGUGUGGAAAGAGAUUCAGUCAAAGUGGCAGUCUUCAAACACAUCAAAGAAUCCACACAGGGGAGAAUCCUUUUGAAUGCUCAGAGUGUGGAAAGAGAUUCAAUGUCAGUAGCAGACUUCAAAAACAUCAAAGAAUCCACAGAGGGGAGAAACCUUUUGAAUGCUCAGAGUGUGGAAAGAGAUUCAAUGUCAGUAGCAGUCUUCAAAAACAUCAAAGAAUCCACACAGGGGAGAAACCUUUUGAAUGCUCAGACUGUGAAAAGAGAUUCAGUCAAAGUGGCCAUCUUCAAAUACAUCGAAGAAUCCACACAGGGGAGAAACCUUUUGAAUGCUCAGACUGCGGAAAGAGAUUCAAUGUCAGUAGCAGUCUUCAAAAACAUCAAAGAAUCCACACAGGGGAGAAACCUUUUGAAUGCUCAGAGUGUGGAAAGAGAUUCCGUCGAAGUGGCCAUCUUCAAAAACAUCAAAGAAUCCACACAGGGGAGAAACCUUUUGAAUGCUCAGACUGCGGAAAGAGAUUCAAUGUCAGUAGUGGUCUUCAAACGCAUCAAAGAAUCCACACAGGGGAGAAACCU